UUGCCAAAACACAUCGAUGCUCCAAAAAUAUUUAAAAACGUCGAUGUAUCGAUGUUUCCAUCGUGUUUCUCCACCUCUAAAACAGACGCCAUGGAAAAUUUAACGCUACAGCAAUUAAUUGAUCUUCAGAAUAUACAGAAGGAGUUAAACAGCAACAAGGACACCUACUUAAAGACCUACCGUCAGGUCCUAAAAAAGAAAUGUAGAAUAGAUCUAAACAAUUUGGUUCGGGCUGACUUUGACAUUGUGGAAUCGGAGUUAAAAGUUCCAUCAUUACCGCCCCUGCCUGUCGAAGAAGAGAAAAACGCGUCCACGUUCAGCAACACGGUGAAAGACUACGACUUCACUAAGUAUUGUUUGUCCUUGCUGUAGGACUGCUCCGAUCGAUCCUUUGCGGUGUUCAGCCAAUAUCCGUGCAGGACCCGAUAUAAGUGCUGCAGACACUCAAAAGAGGGAGAUUGGCUCUGAGAAAAAGAGUUCACACAUCAGCUAAGGGAAAAGGAAACAAGAUCGCGAAACUUACAUUAAAUAGGGGUACGAUGGGCCGUGUCUUGAACUGGCUUCCUUUCGUUCUUAAUAUCAGCAUAUACUUCACAUCUAACUAAUGGAGAGAUAGAAAGAAUAAAACUAAAAUUAAAAGUAAA